UGCCAAUGGUUUGCGAAGUUCAAAUUCUUGUUGGAAGCAGUAACAGCAACACGUGGUUUCGAUAACCUUUCUUCUCUGUUCAGAAUUGUUUUUUCCGUAAAGCAUUAGUCUUUUGUCUGAUAUAUGAUUAAAGGAUCGCGAAGAUGUCGCGCUCCGUGAAAGAUUCAGACGAUGACUUUGAGCCAAAAUCAUCUAUUGGCCGUAUGCAGACUCGAAUGUUUACUGUACAAUCGGUAAAUUCUCCGUUACGCCGAAGCAGCAGAAUAAAACAGAAUAAAUAUUCGCCAAGUUCUGAAAGUGAUAGUAGUAUCAGCAGCACUCAAACAACUCAGAGUGCUAUAAUACAAGCAACAACUAUGGAUUCCACUGUCUCAGAUACAAUGAAGAAGCUACGUACUAGAAAGCAUUCCGUUUCUUCAGAAAUUAGUGAGAUUGACAUUGAUGUCCCACCAACAUCUGUAAAACGAAGUACAAGACAAAGUUCAGGUGCUACAAGUCUUGUUGGCACACCAACCAAAGUUAACACUCGAGCAACCAGUAAGCGCUUUAUGCGUGCUGGUUCCGAGACAAAGUCACCAUUGCCAGCAACUAGAACCACACGUCAAACAAGAGCAAGGUCUAUUGAUCCAGAAUCUUCGACUGUAAAUAAGAAUCAAUCUAGUUCACCAACCAAGACCCGUAGGCGAGCAUCUAUGUUGCCAUUGAGUUCUCAGAUUCAAGAACAAACUGAACUUAAUGAUCGUAUACCUUAUGUACGAUUGGAUUCUACAAUAGUUGAAACUGAUGAAAUUACAAAUUCCGGAAAUUCAGAUUCUUCACCAGAUAUACAAUUACAACGCUUACAUCAAAUUAAAAGAAAACUUCAAAAUAUAAAUAAGGAUCAAAUUGAAGAAGAUUAUAGUCAUGAAAAUGUCGAGACUUCAACUGAUUCGUCAAAAUCAGCUGAAACACUUCAAUUGUCAGAGAAAGAGGAUGCAACACAAACUGAGGAUAUUACUAGAGAAACAGCGAAGAACACAGAGAAUACUCUUGAUAAAGAGCAAAAAAAGUUUGAAGAAACUUUACCAUCCGACAAGAGCACAAUCGAAGAAUUCUCUACCUACUCUUCUCCAAGUCAUCGAAAUUCCGCAAAAGAAGACACAAAAAUUGUUGAAAAUCUUUCAGAUGUAGAAAAAUCAUUACUCGACAUAUGUGGAUCAAAUAAAGAAAUGGAGGUUAUGCCCGAAAACUUAUCAGGUACUUCUAUUGAGAAGGAAAAAAGUAACAAGGAAAAUCAAAUGCUGAAUAUUAUUAGUGAUGUAGCAGAAAAGCUUAUGCAGCCUAAGCCGGCAUCUUCUAUCAAAUCUUUUACUUCACCUUUUAUGGAUAAAUUAUUAAGUGAGAAGGAAACGAAAUCUAUGAAAAAGGAAGUAAACUUAAAUAAGAGGCUUCACUCAAGAGAAUCGACAGAAGUUGCAAUUAAAUAUAGUGAUCUGUCAAAAGAAACUAUUGAUAACUCUCAAGAAAAAAUGGAUAUUUCUAUAGAAUCUAUAAAUUCAAAUGCUUCAGAUAAAACCAUUUUGUUACAUGAAAGCACAGAAGUAGCCGAUAAAGUUACUAACAAAGAUGAAAUAUCUACUGAAAAUACAUCUGCUUGUAAUGAGGAUGCAAUGGAAAUAAUUAGCGAAUUAGAGAAAACUGAUACAAAAGAAUGUACUAUUACAGAUAACCAAAAUUCUAACAAAAGUGAGUCAAAUGAAGUAGAUAAAACAUCGCGUUUAUCUAUAAAUCUAGUUAAGUCAAAACAGACAAGUGAUAGUAGAGAAAGUCUCACUUCUAUUAUAACUAUGGAUGAUAACGAAAUAAAAUUAGUGUUGGAAGAACGAAGUCCACGUCGUAAUGAUAACGAAGUUUCGCCAAAUGUAGCACACUCUAAGCCUGAUCAAUCAGUAGAUUCACAAAUAUCGUCACCAAUUAAUAAAACUUCCACUGACUCAGCUACUGUAAUAGAUAAACAGUCAGCUUUAACUCAAGAUAAGAUCAUAAUAAUUGAUAGUUCUGAUUCUAUAGAACAAGAAGAAGAAAAUUCAUUGAAACAAGAAAUAGAGUCGACGACGUCCCAAUCUUCUAAUAUUGUCCUGGAGACAAAUAAUUCCGUAAAUAACUCGAAUGAUACAAUAAUUCAAGAUAACCAACUUACUGAUGUAAUAGAAGCAUCUAAAAAAUCUACAAUGGAUAUAUCAUUUGAGAAAACAGAUUCAAAAGGUGUUUUGUCAGAAAAAGUAAAGCCAAAUUUAAAACGGAAAAGUACAGAUAAUUUAGAGGGAGAAAAGGAAAGUUUACAAAUGGAAACAUCUCAAAAGGAUCAAGAAAAUAUAAAUGUCGUUGAUGAUGUUUCUGAUGUCGAUGCCGGCAUUAAUUUAUUCCAAGAUAUCCCCGCUGACAAAUGGAAGGAGAAAGACGAUGUUAAAACUGGUUCAGUACAGUCUACCUCCCAAUUAGUGGAAGAGGUGGAAAAUGAAAAUGAAGCUGAACACGAUCUUAUCUUGGUGGACAAACAAGCAUGGUUGGCGGCUGAAACCAUAAAAGCGGCAAAAGAAGCAGAAUCUUUUGAAUACGAUUCCGAUGACACUGUAUUAUUAAAGAGUCGGUUAGACUCGUUCGCGUCACAAGCGAAUUAUGAAAAAUUAGCCACCGUAGAUGAAGAACUUACGUUAGAUAUUGAUCCUAAUGAAAAAAACGAAAAACAAGUAAAAAAACGAAAAUCAAGAACUAAAAAGAGGCUUGUAUCCGAAAUAGAUGAAGAUAUUUCUAGAUAUGCAGAAGAUGAGGAUAAUUUAAUCCCUGUUGAUAAAUCUUUAAAUGAAUCCAAAACAGCUUUAAAUCGAACUAAUGACCGAUCCAUUUCCAGAUUAAAUAAAUCAGAACAGUCAGAAAAAACAAAAAGACGAUCUUCCAAAGCAAGUAAUGAAUCAGAGAAAGAAAUUGAUGAUGCCAAUGAAUUAAAUAGAAAUUCGCUAAUAAGUAAGAACGAUAUAUCUUCACGAAAAUCGACAGGAGAAAGAACAUCAUUAAACAAAUCUUCGAAAGAUAUAUCUAUGCCAAAUAUUUCUCCAAAUAAAUCUCAAACAGAUAAUUCAGAGAAAGAACUUGAUGACACAGCUGCAAGUACUAGGAAAAAAUUAUAUAAGAAAAAACAUUCCUUGGAACAAUCGUGUAAUAAAGAUACAGAUGAUAAUGCAACCGAAUCUGAAAAUAAAAAUGUAGCAACUGAAGAUUGCAGUAAAAAGCAUGAAAAUACAUCCUUAAAUUAUUCUGCGGAUCAGGAAUCAGAGUCGCUAGUUGUUAGGAAAAUAAUACAUUUGAACGAAAGUGAUGAUAGUGACAUAGAUGUAAACGUAGUAGCUAUGGAUCUUGGAUCUAAAACUUCUAUGAUAGCAAAUAUGGGAUCGGAUAGCGAUGAAUGUGAAAUUCCAGAGUACCUAUUUUCAAAAGCAAUCAGCGAAAGCAAUACUGAUGAUAGUAACGGCUAUUCUGAUAGCCUCAACAGAGAAUACAAUCUGGAUGGAUUGGAACUUAAGUUUUCUGAUGAUGAUGUAGCUGCUGAUGAAUGUAGGGAUUCAGAAGUAGAAUUUUCAGAUUCUGAUGAUAACGGUUCAGAUCUUCAAGAUUUUAUAAUUGAUGACAUUGAAACAGAAAAUGACGAUGAAGAAGAUAAUGACACUGGAGCAGAAAAUGAGGAAGAAGAAAAUGAUGAAGAAGAUAGUGACAUUGAAGCAGAAAAUGACGAUGAAGAAGAUAAUGAUACUGGAGCAGAAAAUGAGAAAGAAGAAAAUGCUGAAGAAGAUAAUGACAUUGAAGCAGAAAAUGACGACGAAGAAGAUAAUGAAGAUGAUGAUAACGCUGUACAAAAGGAAAAAGUGGAAGAUGAAAAAGAGAAAGCGAAUUUUAACACGGAAUUAAUAAAUAUCGAAAAUGAAAAUGUACAGAAAAAGGAUACAGCAGACAAAGACACAAAUCAAAAUAAAUUCAUCGAAAUGGAAGCUGUUUCUUUAUACGCCAGUACCUCUCAUAAACUAUCCAAAACCCAUGAAAAUAAUAACAAAUCUAUUGAACAUAUUUCACCUUGUAAAAGUGAGACAGAAACAACACAAGAGGUAAAAAAGAAGAAAUCUAAUAUGAAGAAAAAUAAAAAACUUAUUUUACAAGAUUCAUCAAAUUCAGACUUGUCGAUUAAAAAGAAGAAGAAAAAGAAAUCUCUUGUGAAGGAAAAUGAAACUGUUCCGUUAAGUACUUGUAAUAUAAUCGCUUCAGCACUUAAAAGUAUAUUGGAUCCACAAUAUUCAAAAGAUGGAGCUGAACAAUUGAAUGAAUUUAAAUCACUUACAUUACAUGAAGACAGUUUGAAGAAGUUCAAAGAUGCAAAUAAAAAAGAGAUAUCAAGCGAUUUUUCGCUUUUACCUGACUUAAUGAAAAAGGUACAAGAUUUUACAUUUCCUCCGAAAUCACCCAAGAUAUCAUCACGUAAAACAAUGAAUAUAGAUAUCGAAACACCAAGAUUAAAAUAUCUUAGAAAAGAGAAGUUAAACGAAAGUGCGCCAACUAGAUUAGAAUAUAGUUCAGAAACUAAUUCAUUACAGAAACAAUUAUCUGCAGAAAAGGAUACUACACAAAUAAAAAUAAAAAAGAAAAAUAAAGACAAAGUACAUGAUUUGAUAAUACCGUCUAAUGACGAUGUCAUACAAAAAUGUAGUCAAAAGAAACAGAAAAAGCGUAAGAGACAAGACUCAUCAAAUAAAAAUAUGAGCGAUAAAGUUUUGUCUGAAGACGUAACAGAAUUAAAUGUUCCUAAAAAGAAGAAGAUCAAGUUAACUCCAUUAACUAUUGUAGAGGAUAAUAUCCACAAAGAUACAUGUGAGACUAAUAAGAAAAAGAAGAAAAAAAAUAAAUUAAAGGAAAAUAUCACUGAUAAAGCUAAAAAUGCUAUAGAAUUAAAUGUUUCUAAAAAGAAGAAGCCUGUCAAGCUUACUCAAUUAUCUACAGUAGAGGAUAAUACUCUUGAAGACGUAUCAUUAUCUCAUAGUAAUGAGAGAAAGCUAAAACAAUCGGUAUUAAUGAAUUAUAUUGUCCGUGAAGUUUGGUCUAAAGAUAUAACAAAAUUGAAUAGGUUAAAAAAGAAGAAACAUGAUAAAUUUGCCCAAUUGCCCGUUGUAGAGGACAAUAUUCCCGAAGACGUAUGUCAGAUUAAUGAAAGAAAAAAGAAAAAGAAAAACCGAGAUAUAUCAAAGGAAAAUGUAAUCGAUAAAUCUUUAUCUACAGAUGUUAUAGAAAUAAAAAUUCCUAAAAAGAAGAAACGUGCCAAGCUUACUCAAUUAUCUAUCGUAGAGAAUGCUCGUGAAGAGGCAUGUCAAAUCAAUAAGAUUAAGAAGAACAAGAAACAAAUUAAUAUAGUGGAAGAGAAUACAAAUGUGAACAAAGACAAUAUGCUUCGAAAUAUUCGCGGGAAUAAAACAGAGUUACCACAGUACAAGAAGAAAAAUAAAGUCGUUAAUAGUUUAGAGUUGGAUUUACUUACAGAUGAGCAAGUAAAAAAGAAAAUUAAACGGCAAGAGACAGUGGAAAGUAUUGAAACUUUGCAAACAGAGAAGAAAAAAAAGAAAAAGAAGAAGAAGGAGGAGGAUGUUUUGUCAAUAGAAAUUCCAGUUUCAAAAUUAAAGUCUGAGAAAAUUUUGCCUAGUAAAUUACGAUUACAAAAAACUGCAUUAGGUAUGAGUAAAUCGAAAAAUGUAGCCUAUAACACUAAGGAACUAGAUGAAACUGAUGCAAAGGUGUAUACUGAAGAAUCGAGGUCCAAGAAGAAACGUAAUCAAAAUGAAGAUGUCGAAAAUGCGAUCUAUAUGAAUAUUCCUAAGAAAUCAAAAAAAGAAGUUAAAGAGAGAAAUUUUUUACCGCCUUCAAGCGGUCUGAAACGACUUCCGGAUGAUGUGAUCGAGAAUCUUGUGGACGUGCCAACGAAAGCGAAAAAAAGACAGAAAACUUCGCGAGGCAAGGAAAAAAUUGUAUCGUCAACAACGACGGGUAAAGUAAAGGUGACGACCGCUGAUCGUGAUAACACAUUAAAUACUUCUGGUUGCACCACGCAAUUCCGUGUAGUAAACUUGCAGAAGACCAAAAAACAGCCACUGAAAGGAGCUGCCGCUGCAGCUUCGUUCAGGGAACGUAUGCUUACUAGAAACAGCAGAGAACCAAUGUCGUCCUAUUUGAUGUUUUGCGAUAAAAUGAGUCAUCCCAAAUAAUAGAUUUUUUUAAUAUGUAUUAAGUAUGUUAUUUUUAGAUUUUACUGCCCGAA